AUGUCUGGCAACUCUUGGGAUGUAUUCCCUGGAGUUCAGGAGAACGGGGAUGUGUUUCAGAAACCCGUGGGCAAAGAAGAAUUUGUUAAAGUUCGAAAGAGAGACCUGGAGAGACUAAUAACUGAGACAAUGCAAAUCAAGGACUUCCUGCCAAAGAUACUGAAUGGAGAAUUAUUGGAAUGCUUCCAUCAGCUGGAAAUUGCUGAAAAAACGUUGGAGAAAAGAGAACAAGAGAAUGAACAGCUCCAACUAGAUCGUGAUCAUUUUAAGGCGAGGCUGAAAACUGCUCAGGAAGACUGUCAAAAGGAACGAGAGGAAAAGUUGGCAUCGAAUUUGCAGUUGAAUGAAGCAAGGCAACAACUACUGCAGCAAGCGGAGUACUGCACUGAAAUGGGGGCUGCAGUCUGCACACUGCUCUGGAGAGUCUCUAGCAAUGAGGAGUCUGUUAAAUUUAUCCUUGGAGGUAAUAAAGCAGAGAAGUUUUUCACUAUUGUGGCACAGACAUUAGAGAGUUUUGUGAAGUCUACAGAUGAGAAUGUCAAGGAAGAGCAUGAUCUGGAUUCAGAUGAAAACCAGUUUGUUCUGGCAUUGGCAGGAAUUGUAACAAAUAUAGCUGCUGUGGCCUAUGGCCGGGAGAUCCUGGUUAAUUCUUCUCAGAUCCUAUUGGAGAAACUGCUACAGCUCCUGGCUGAGAUGAAAGCUGGUCUCUGCACAAAGCUCAAAGUACUAAUGUUGAUGUGUUUAUACAAUGUGAGUAUUAACCUGAAAGGCCUGCAGUACAUCAGCAAGAAUCCAGGCUUCAUCCCUUUGCUGGCCUGUCUUCUGGAAGAUCCAGAUGCAGAGGUUUGCCUUCAUGUUCUGCGCCUCAUUCAGUCUCUGAUCCUUGAGCCAGAAAUUUUCUCCAAAGUGAAAGCCCAGAUUCACCAAUCACUACUGCAGCACCGCAUUCGAGAACUUACCAAUAACCGUAACCCCAGUCUCCGCAGCAUAGCAAGUGAACUUCUGGAAGACAUGAAGAUGCUUAACUUUUAA